AGAGAAUAAGUUGUCGAUGCUGCCUCCGUGAGAGAAUAAUUCAAAGGAAAAGUUCUUGAUGUCAUGCCCAUUUAAAAUAUCCAAAGAUCACCGGGAUUAAUCAGCCGGAUAACGGGUGUCAACUAGAAAAAUCAAAACUCCACUGUUUCUCAUCUCCUUCGACUUGAAGCUUCGUCUCCCAUCUCCUUGUUGGUUCCAUGGCGAAGAGAGCCGUGAGGUACGCCGUGAUCGACGCGUUCACCAGCACGCCGUUCAAGGGCAACCCGGCGGCCGUGUGUCUGCUGGACGCUCCUGAAGACGCGGCGGCGGGAGACGACUGGAUGCAGUCGGUCGCCAAAGAGUUCAACGCCCCGGUCACCGCUUUCCUCUCUCGCGCCGUCGAUGUGGGAUCCGAUGGCCCGACCAAUGGCGUUGCCGGCCCCCGAUUCAAUAUCCGAUGGUUCACUUCCGUCUUGGAGGUUAGUCUUUUUCCUUUUUUUUUAAGUUCCUUUCUCUGUUUGCUGGUCAGAACCCGAGGCUUGGAACACCCUUUGUUGACGAGGGUUAAGCAGUAUUUAUAG